CCGGGCACAUAACAUGUAGUAUCUGCUCUGAUCUUAUGUUUAAAGGCUGAAUUGUAUCUUGUUUUUAGUGUUAGUUUACAGUAAAUUUGAGAUUAAUUUGGGAAAAUAUGUCCUUUGAAGAUGAAAACCUCGUUUCAUAUUUGAAUGAUAAAAACCAUAAAAAUGAAAGCAACAGAAGGGGAAAAGUUGAAAAAAAGAUCUUGAAAGUUGGUACAAAACAUACCAAAGCGAACAUACCACAAUAUAAAGUACGAAACAAACUUGUCUUGGGAACAAGAAAAUCCUUUUUAAAAUAUUCGGUUAUGAAUCCUUUGUACAUGAGAAAUAAAAAAGUUCAAAACAACACAAUAGCUGGAAAUUUGUUAUGUAAGGAACAGUUAUCGCCACAGUAUAAUUCAGAACGAAGGAGAAAAAAAUAUGCUAAUGCCGAAGGAGUACAACAUUCUAUGGAUCUUCCUUUAGAUUCGAACAAUGAUUCUGUAGAAGUGCAAUCAAGUGGAGAUAAAAGUAACAAGCAACAAUGCAACAUUUCAGACCAAAGAAACAUAGGAUUACCUGUAGUAAUAGAAGUGCUAUCAGAAAAUUUUUCCACGUUAAGUAUACCAAAAAUACUUGAAGAAAGCGAUCAGGUGAAACCAGAAAAUGACGUUCUCAAUGACAGUCAAUUACAUAUACAGAAUAUGAAAUCUGAAGCACAUGAAUCCUUUGUUUUUGUUGCUGAAUCGUUAAAUCCAAAUGAUAAUUCGUACGAUGAUGGAAGUAAUGCUAAGACUAUGUCACUGUCCCAAAGAAAACAAAGAGAAGAUAACAAACAAUCACAAUAUAGUAAUUCCAGGGUUCCUAUUUGUCGAAAAAAAGGGUUUGUAGAUCCUGUUAAGAAAACUAAACGAUCUUCUGACGUAUACAAAGAAAGCACAAAAAAUAAUAUCAUCUACUCUGUAACGGAAAAGGGUAAUACGAACAAAACGGAAGCUUUACAGAAAAACGAUAUAACUACUGAUCAAUAUCCGAUACGAUUUUAUUGUGUUAGGAACAAAGUUGUUGCCGUUAUGUCAAAGAAUGCACGGUUUUGUUUUACCGGCAAAUUAAUUGUAAAAGUUAUAUAUGGUGCGAUAGAAGCUUAUGGAUAUGUUAUUACUGCGAAGACCGAUUCAAUUGAGAUCUAUUCACCAAGAGGAUAUAGCAACGUUUCGAUCCAAGCGAGUGAAAAAUGUGUGUAUAACGACGAAACGGACAUAUGGGUAUCGCUUUCUGCCGAAGGUAUUGAUCGAAGUAAGGAGAACAAAUUGGUUGCCGAGAUCGAACGAAUUCAACCUGGCAUGACAGUCAUUUUUUUAUCCAAUUUGGAAAACAAAUUGACUAGGUUCUUACAGGUUUUUUAUCCAUUUAGGCUAUUUCCAAGAAUAAAGAAUACAUCGUGUUAUUCUUGGACCGAUCCAAAGAGGGCCGAAACGAUAUUGCAAUCAAAUCUUUCUAUUAAUUUUGCGUUCAAGGAAUUAAUAAUUGACCCACGUAUCACGCAAGAAGUUGUCGAGAAAAUAUUAAAUCGUUGGCGUUCGAACGAAUGGUCGUGUACCUUAAUUGCUGGUGGAAAAGGUGUCGGUAAAUCUACUACAGUGCGUUACUUGAUAAACAGUCUACUGCCAGUUUCCAAAAAGGUGGUUCUCAUAGAUGUUGAUCCAGGACAAACGGAAUGUACACCAGCCGAAUGUAUAUCGUAUACUUUAAUUGAAGAACCAUUAAUAGGACCAAAUUUUACGCAUUUAAAGACUCCAGUUUUCCAAAUAUAUAUCGGAGAUGUAAACGUGACACGGUGCAUUACACGAUAUAUCGAGGGUAUUAAAAUGUUGGUUGAUAAAUUGUCAAAUUGCCCGAUCAUGUCACGUCUUCCAAUUGUCGUAAAUACGAUGGGUUUUUCACAAGGAAUCGGCUGGGAUAUCAUCUUGUUUACAAUCAAAUUGAUUCGACCUUCUUUCGUGGUACAAAUUAUGUCCGGGAAUCCGAAGAUAAACUAUAUCGGAUAUUUAAGCAAACAAAUGAUAAAUAAGCAGAAAUUAUCGUGGACGGCAUGUAGCAUGAAUGUUAUCGACUGGAAUCAAUCAUGUGAUCACGAACUAUUCGUGGUACGUUCGCGUGCGGAGAACAACGGUACUCCAGGAUACGAAACUUGGAACAUGGAACCAUAUCAACAACGAGAGCUUGUAAUGAUUUCUUAUCUCAGUGAAAUUGUUCAAAAUUCUGUGAACUCAGCGUCACGUUACGAUGCUUUGUCGUUAAGUAUCAACGAAGCUGUACCAUACGUGACAUCUUUCAUGACAUUAUACAUUUCCAUACCACAAACAUCGGUGCCUGCAUCUCACGUAUUGAACGUAGUGAAUGGUAACAUAGUAGCUUUGUGUGGAAUCGACGUGAGCAACAACGAAUCGCAAGAAGGUGAAAAUACGCAUGGUCCCCGUGUAUUAAACAGAUUACCACUUUGCGCUUGUUAUGGUUUUGGUAUUAUUAGAGGAGUUGACAUGGAUCGGAAAGAGAUAUUCAUAAACACCCCAUUACCAGUUUCUUUGAUGAGAUACGUAAACUGUUUGGUGGGAUGCAUACCAGUGCCUGUUACGUUAUUACAAAUUAAUCAAGAAAGGAACGUACCUUACAUCGGUGGGAAUGAUGUUUUACCGAUGAGCCGAAUGCCACGCAGGGGAUACUUCCGCAUGAGAUAUGAGUGACCUGUGAAUUUUCUUUAUGUGUCUCUGACAUUUGUUUCUAUUUUUUUAAAACGAACGUGUAUAGUAUUGUAGAGAUGGGAGGGGACAACAACACAAAUACUACUAAGACUACUAUUUAAUCCUAACAACACGUUUAUAUUCGCAACACUAAUACACCUUUUUUCACAACUCUCUC